AUGUACUAUUUAGAUGAUUUGGGCAAACAAGGAGUAGACAUCUCAGAUUUCUCCUUAGACUGGCUGCCCAAAUUUCCUCCAGAUUUCAUGAAGAGGACACGAGAACCAUUUGAGAAGGCAAAGCAGGCAAAGAGAGCAAAGUUGGGAGAACCAUCUGGAUCAAGACCUUCAGUACCUCUGGUUGAAUCACCUGGUAAGUCUGUACCUCUCCCUCCUUCUGUAAAAAUUAAACCAGUUGCUUCCUUACUCCCUCAACCUUCGCCCAUAUACACAACCUCUGAAACUCCUCCCUCAACCUCUAGACCCUCUAACCAACCUUCUCAAAAAUUCAAUCUUGCCACCACAUCUCUACCUGUUUCAGAAGUAGAAAUGCUGAACGAAACCACUUCACCCUCCUCAUCACCAUCUCCACAAUCCCCACCUUACUACACCCUCUCAUCUGACACUGAACCCUCUGACCCCCACUCCCCAACUUUGGCUCAACUUCAAAACCGUUCUCUGGCCUCUCAACAGCCAACACACUCUAACCUUGAACCAUAA